CCUGAUGAGUUUGGAUCACGGGAAGGAUCCAACAUGGCGGCCUAACAUGUCGAGUUCGCGACUGUCACCGCAAAGUUCUCACAUCUCGAAGGGUUUAAGACGUCCCACGCCAACCGAUUACGGUUUUAACAGUGACUGACUGGCUCCAAGAUGGCCGCCCUGACAGAACCCACGCUCCCAGUGCAACCACUCCCUCCUAACGACCUUGAAGAGGUCACACCGGACGACCUUGUGGAGGAAGGUGCACCAGGCGCAAGCGAGGAUCACAUGCUCAUCGCCGCCGAGUCUUACGAGGACAUAAACGUCGCGAUAGACGAGCAGUACCACCGCGGGAAAGAUGAAAAGGACAAAACGAAAAACGAAAUCGAGCAGUCCGCGAGAGAACUGAGUAUCGAUGACAGAAGCACGACUCCCAGCGACGAGGGGAGGGAAACGCCGAAAGAGGAAGUGUCAUCGGCAGAAGGGAAGGACCGGUCGAACAGUAUGUUAGGAAACAGGGACCGGCCGCAGCACGUUGAGGAGGAGUGUUACAGCCCGGAGUGGAGACAGCGACAGAAACACGUCUUCAUACUCAGCGAGGCAGGUAAACCCAUCUACACGCGGCACGGGAACGAGGACAAGCUGGUUACCACGAUGGGUGUGAUGCAAGCGCUGGUCUCGUUUGUACAGGACAACGAUGAUAACAUCAGGUUCAUGAUCGCGGGCAGCCACAAGUUUGUGUUCCUGAACAGACCUCCCGUGAUCCUGGUGUGCGUGUCUCACAGCGUGUGUUUCUUUUGUUUCCACAGGUUCAUGAUCGCAGGCAGCCACAAGUUCGUGUUCCUGAACAGACCUCCCGUGAUCCUGGUCUGCGUGUCUCACAGCGCGGAGUCGACCCAGCAGCUCCUCUUGCACCUGACCUACGUGUACAACCAGAUCAUCAGCGUCUUAACCUUCAGCCAGCUCAGCAAGAUCUUCGAGAAGAAGAGCAACUACGACCUGAGGAGACUUCUGACGGGAACAGAGAAGUUCUUAGACAAUCUCAUCAACCUGAUGGACCGGGACGCCAUGUUUCUGCUGAGCGCUGUGCGGUGCCUGCCGCUGGCGAGCUCGGUACGCGACAUUAUCGGACAGAGCAUCGCGCAGUGUAAGGCCAAGGACCUGGUGUUCGCCAUCCUGGUAGGGCGGGACAAUCAGCUGGUUACCGUGGUGAGGAUGAAGGAACACAGCCUCCACCCCGCGGACCUCCAUCUCGUGUUUAACCUGGUGGACGCUUCCACGUCCUUCCAGUCCGCAGAGUCGUGGACGCCCAUCUGUCUGCCAAAGUUCAACUCUAACGGGUAUCUCCAUGCACACCUGUCCUACCUGGACGAGGAAUGCUCCGCCUGCCUGCUGCUACUAUCCGCCGACAGGGACGUUUUCUUCGAGCUGUCGGAGGCGCGACAGAAGAUCGUGACGCGUCUGAACAAGUACAACUGCCUGCAGGCCAUCCGCGAGUCUCUCGCCAAGGGGUCGUACAAGGUCGCGCAGAUCGGCAUCCCGGACCUCAGACACUUCAUGUACAAGUCCAAGUCCACCGCUCAGUACACAAGCUCGGAACUAGAGGCACCCUAUACAGAGGAAGGCGAGAGGCAUCGGCUGUUCGGGAUGUACCAAUACCUGCACCACAGGGUCCACAACUCCGCACGGCCCCUCAAGAUUCUCUUCCAUGUGGGGUCCAAGGAGACCAUGCUGGGAUGGAUCACCUCAGGGUUUGAGCUGUACGCGACCUUUGGCCCGCUGGUCACCAAACCGGCCGCCAUCAACGCAAUCAACAAGCUGCUGCGAUGGAUCAAGAAGGAGGAGGAUCGGCUCUUCAUACUCAACUCUUAUACUUACUGAGUAACCUUCAUCUUCAUAUCUUACAAGUUAAAUACUGAGUAACCUUCAUCCUGAACUCUUAUACUUGCUGAGUACCCUUCAUCUUCAACUCUUAUACUUACUUACUGUAACUUUCAUCUUCAACUCUUAAAUUUGCUGAGUAUGCUACGCUUCAUUCUUAACUCUUACACUUACUGAGUACACUCUGCUUCAUCCUCAACUCUUACACUUACUUACUAACCUUCAUCCUCAACUCUUCAAUACUUGCUGAGUACACCAUGCUUCAUUCUCAACUCUUACACUUACUGAGUAAUCUUCAUCUUCAACUCUUAUACUUACUGAGUAACCUUCAUCUUCAAGUUCUAUACUUACUGAGUACUAGGGGUGGGUACCAGUGCGGUGUACCAGGGUACCGUUACAGUUUACCAGGUUCAGCUCCUGACCUGGACCUAAUCCUCUGGAGCUGGGCCGGACCUGGACCUGAAUUUUCUGUACCAUUACUUAGCCCUACUGGGUACUCUUUGUCUUCAACUCCUAUAGUUACUGAGUACUAGGGGUGGGUACCAGUACUGUGUACCAGGGUACCGGUACGGUGUACCAGGUUCAGGUCCGGACCUGGACCACACCUAAACCAUACAUGGACCUGAAUUUCCGGUACCCAGCCCUACUAAGUACUCUUUGUCUUCAACUCGUAUACUUACUGAGUACAAUUUAUUGCAAGCCCGUUUAAGUCCUUUAACAUUGAAAGGAUUCCAGACACACUCUGAUGCAGUCCAUAGCUUUUAUUCUUCUCUCUUUGU